AUCCUCUUCUGCACGCUCAACACGCACAAAGUGGACAUGCAGAAGCUGCUGGGGGGACAGAUCGGACUCGAGGACUUCAUCUUCGCCCACGUCCGUGGUGAGACCAAGGAGGUGGAGGUGACCAAGACAGAGGAUGCACUUGGCCUCACCAUCACAGACAAUGGGGCUGGCUAUGCCUUCAUCAAGAGGAUCAAGGAGGGGAGCAUCAUCAACCGGCUGCAGACAGUGUGUGUGGGGGACAGCAUCGAGGCCAUCAACGACCACAGCAUCGUGGGCUGUCGGCACUACGAGGUGGCACGGAUGCU